AUGCUUCAACUGGCUCCCCUGCUAUUUUUACUACUCCGGUUAGCUGAAGGUGCCUCCCAAGAAGUGCUAUCAUGUCUACGAAUGGAGAGGAGUCAUAUUGAGAGCCCACACAUGAGGGAAGUGCAUGUGGAGGAGGAUCGGCCAGCUUAUCUGCAUUGUAGGGUGCCGCAGAAUACGAAUUAUAUGGUGGCUUGGUCAAGAGCUUCUGACUCUGCACUCCUUACGGCCGGCCCUGAUACCUUCACGAGCGACCCAAGGUUCCAGAUUUCCCGAAGAAGCGAUGAGGACUAUGUGUUGAUAAUCCGACAAUCCCAGCCUCGAGAUUCCGGAUGUUACCUCUGCGAGGUCAAUACAGAACCGCAAAGUACCAUCGUCCCUGUGUAUCUCAAUGUCACCAAGAAAGACAUGCCCCUUUCCAUACAGCCGAAUAAGAAGCCCGGACGUCUUUUGGCAAACAUGCAGGGCGAUGAGGUGAUACUCAAUUGUACUUUUUCAACUGAUGGAACGCCGGAGGAGCAAGAGGUUUACUGGAGAAAAGACGAUAAGGAAAUCGAUUUGAACGAUACUCAAAAAUAUGUCUGGAAAGUCAAGAGAGACGCUGGUUUGAUAGUUCAUGAGGUCGUGAUCCGGGGAGCAAGUGAUGCUGACGAUGGAGAGUAUGCUUGUCUUCGAGGCAAGCAAAAAGCCACCCAAAUUGUUCAUGUUAAUUUGAAAGCUGAAGCCCAAAAGGCGUCCAACAUCGGAAACAAUCUACAAAUCUUCUUAACUAAUGGAUGC